UAACCAGUUCACGCAAUGUCACAUUUGAAAUCCGAGGAAACGACAGAUGGUACUGGACUCGUGUUCUUGUGUUUUUGAAUAAUUACACGUGUUUUGCGUCGACGUUAAUUUGUUGAGGCCACGGCAAAUUGCCUGGAUCUCAGUUGUGAAACCAUCGAACCUUUAAAGCAGUGAUGGUGAGAUCAGGUUUCAAACUUCCGACGCAAUGGCCACAAAGGACAGCAUCGAAGGGCCAGACCUUGGAGAUGAAUUGGCGCAAUUUCAUGCGAAGGCGAAGGCCAGACGGAAAAGCAGGCAAAAACGAGUUCAGUAUCAGUUCCUCUUCAAGGCAGGAGCCUUUCUGAUCAUGUUGAUGGUGGUCAUGAUCAGCAAAAAAAUACAGCAGUGGCGACCUUUUGUGAUGCGUUGUCCAAAUGUGCGUGUUCAUUACAUAGGUGCAUCUUUAAACAAGUGUGGUCAAGCGGCGACGGUUGCAGGUACAAAUCAGAAGACUCUCGAAACCUUUCUCCUGAGGCAGCCCAAGGGAAACCGAAUGGUCCGGAACAGAGAAUUGAAUCUGAUGUUGCAGCAAAUUUGCCUGUUUUGUUGGUAUUUCGAUUGGAAAUGCUGGGGCCUUGGUACUAAUUUGAAUAGUCUGACCGAAUCUGACCAAUUUACCUGAAGGUUCAUUUGCCAAUGUUGCCAAGGUGAACUUUGAGUGAAAAUUGGUUCGGGGUUUGUCUCACCAGAAUCGCAUGGGCAGACGUCAC